AUGUUGGACGUUAGACAGACUAUUUCUGCUUUCUCUCUCACAUACGUUUUUUUACUUUUUUCUUGCUCUCCACUUGUCGGCCUUUUCUCUUUCUAUUUCGCCUUUCUUUCUUCCAGCUACAUCUCUAUCUAUCUAUCUAUCUAUCUAUCUAUCUAUCUAUCUCAGUUUGAUCAUUAUCUAUCAAUCUAUGUAUCUCAGUUUCUUAUAUAUGUGUAUUUCAGUCUGUUCAUUAUCUAUCAAUCUAUCUCAGAUUGUUCAUUAAAUAUCUAUCUAUAUAUCUAUCUAUCAAUAUCAUUUGUUCAAUAUCUAUCUAUCUAUCUACCUAUCAUAGUUUGCUCAUUAUCUACCUAUCUAUCUCGGUUUGUGCAUUAUCUAUCUAUCUAUCUAUCUAUCUAUCUAUCUAUCUAUCUAUCUAUCUAUCUAUCUAUCUAUCCCAUUUGUUCUUUAUCUAUUUACCUAUCACAGUUUCUUCAUUAUAUGUCUAUCUAUCAAUCUAUAAAUGUUAGUUUGUUCAUUAUCUAUCUCUCUAUCUAUCUAUCAAUAUAUCUAUUUAUGAUGUAUCACCCAUGGCACAUAACUAACUACCUAUUUCAAUUUGUUCAUUAUCUAUUUAUCUGUCUGUUUAUCUAUCUAUCUAUCUAUCUAUCUAUCUAUCUAUCUAUCUAUCUAUCUAUCUAUCUAAGAUUUCUGAACAUUAUCUAUCUAUCUAUCUAUCUAUCUAUCUAUCUAUCUAUCUAUCUAUCUAUCUAUCUAUCUAUCUCAGUUUGUUCAUUUAUAUCUAUCUUCAUUAUCUAUCACCACAUCUAUCUGUUACUAUCUACCUAUCUCAGUUUGUUCAUUAUCUACCUCAAUUUGUUCUUUAUCUAUCAACCUAUCUAUCUCAGUUUGUUUAUUAUCUAUCAUUUAUUCAUUACCUAUCUAUCUCAGCCAAAACAUUAUCUAUCUAUCUAUCUAUCUAUCUAUCUAUCUAUCUAUCUAUCUAUCUAUCUAUCUCAAUUUUUUGUUCAUUAUAUAUCUAUCUCAGUUCUUUAUCUAUUAUUCUCUCUCGGAUUUUUCAUUAUUAUCUAUCUCAGUUUGUUCUUUAUCUAUCUACCUAUCUAUGAUAUAUCUAUAAAUCAUAAAUCUAUGUCAUUUUUUUUAUUAUCUAUCUCUCUCAGUUUGUUCAAUAUCUUUCUAUCUCAGUCUUAUCAUUAUCCAUCUAUCUAUCUAUCUAUCUAUCUAUCUAUCUAUUUCUGUUCAUUAAAUAUCUAUCUUAAUUAUCUAUCGAUACAUCUAUCAAUCUCAAGUUUUUUCAUUAUCUAUCUAUCUAUCUAUCUAUCUAUCUAUCUAUCUAUGUUCAUUAUAUAUUUUUCUAUUUUUCAGUUUCUUCAUUAUCUAUGUAGCUAUCUACAUAUCUCAGUUUGUUUAUUAUCUAUUGAUCUAUCUAUCUAUCAAUUUUGUUCAUUAUAUAAUUAUCUAUCACUGUUGCUUUAUCUAUCUAUCUAUCUAUCUAUCUAUCUAUCUAUCUAUCUAUCUAUCUCAGUCUGUUCAUUAUCUAUCUGUCUAUCUAUAUAUCUCAGUUUGUUCAUUAUCUAUUUAUCUAUCUAUAUAUCUCAGUUUGUUCAUUUUCUAUCUAUCUAUCUAUCUAUCUAUCUAUCUAUCUAUCUAUCUAUCUAUCUAUCUCAGUUUGUUUAUUAUCUAUCCCUCUCAGUUUGUUCAAUAUUUAUCUAUAUAUCUCAAUUUGCUUAUCUGAGUUAUUAUCUAUCUAUCUAUCUCUCUAUCUCAUUUUGUUCAUUAUUUAUCUCUCUGUUUGUUUCUUAUCUAUCCAUCUAUAUACCUGUCUAUCUAAAUAAUGACUUGUUUGUUCACAUAAUACUUUUGUUAUUCAGAAAACUGAGAAUUUGUGAAAAUGCAUUGAUUUAUGCAUCUUGA